CAGAGCCUCUCUCCUCCAAUCAGCGGGCCCUCUCCCUCUGUCGUCCGAUGCUCCGAUCACUCUGGCUUGUUUUCAUCAUUUCCCAUCCAGCGCCUCUGUGCUUCAGUCGGAGGAAGCAGACCAGCAACAGGGGCAUCCUAGGAGAUCAUAAUGGACGCUCCUGGAUCCCAUCACUGAUCGAUGCGUUUCCCUCUGCGCGGAUGCUGCAGACAGGAGCGGCUUUGUCAGAGGACAGAGGAGCCUUGCAUCCUGUCUCUCCUUUAAAUAGACAGCGUCACAUGCCGCUGGGAAGCGCUUUAUCCUUUCAGAUAAGAUGUGUUUUGGUGAAUGCCGCAGCCUGCAGGAUUUGGAGCAGCACUGGAGAGCAGCAUGCCCACACAGGAGGAUUUAUAAAGCUUCUGGGCCAUUUUCUCUUCAAUCAUCACUGUAAAGACUCCUGCAGCCAUGGGGGAGGAGAGCCGCCUGUCUCAUCAGCUCCAGAGUGUGGAGAGGAGCAUGGUGUUCCUCAGACAGGAGCACCUCACUUUGCUUCACGGCCUGCACCUGGAGAUCCUCUCCCUGCAGAAACGCUGCUCAGAGCUGACCAGUGAGCUGAAGUUAAAGCCACCAGGGAGGAACCAGAUAGAGUUACUAGAGGAAGAGGAGAUGCUGGAGGCCCGCUGUAAGGAGCUGGAAACCCGUCUGGAAGAACAGGAGUACACUCUGGGAGAGUUUCGAAAGGAGCUGGUUCACAAAGGGACCUUGGUGGGAGCCCUCAGGGCCAAUCUCAAGGAAAAGGAGCGUCACUUUCUGGAAGAGCUGAAACGCCGCAGCCACUGCUCCACCGUCCUGAACACGGAGCUUCAGAAGCAAACUGAGGCAGCAGCAUACCUCUCCUUCCAGCUGCAUGCAGCCAAACAGAAGCUGCAUCACCAGAGGAUGCAGCAGAGGCAGGGACUUCUCGCCAGAGCAAACAAUCAGGGGGCCCAGCAGGAAGCUGAGCAGAACUCCCCCCUCUCUGGCGCCUCUCCAUCCUCUCCUGUGGUCAAACCCAAACGUAAGAGUGUCAGGGCAUCUUCCAGGGUAGAGCGGGCUCGGGAGUGUGUCCCCAUAGAGAAAGUGCUGGGCCCCGCUGAGCCCACAGCCAUGCCGGACCCAGCGCUCUUCCUGCAGCCCCGCAGGCACAGAGCCUGCUCCAGACACACUGUGGCACAAAGACAGCCUCCUCUGGGCAUGGAGAGAGAAGACCAGGAGGAAGGAGGUGGGGAGGGGCCUGUGGAGGUCCUGGAAGAAACACCCAGAUUAAUGUCCUCAGCAGCAGCACCCCCUGCUGCUCAGACCAACGCAGAUUAGAGUCUGAGCAUUCCUGCUUUUAACUACCGAGUCAUCCUUAUAUGUUAUCUUCCAUCAGACUGAUUAACGCUAUCAACUAUUGCUCUGUACCCUGACCCAAUUACUACUGAGACUGGUUAUAGCUGUUUAAUUACCUUGGAUCUACUGGAAAUACUUUUUCUAAUAUGUACUUUGAUAUAACCUUAAAUAACUUGCAUAGCAAACGUCAGUAAGUGUCAGAGGUUAGGUUUGCACUGCUGUUAGAUGCUCUCUGUGCCACAGAUAUUCAGUCUGUGAGGCCGGUGAGUUUGACCUUGGCACAGCUGUGCGUCCCAAUCAACCGAGAUCUUCCGAGGCCGACCGUAAAUCAGGCCGCUCGUCCGAGUGUUUAUGUGUCCUCCGACUGAGUUGCAGCUGAAAAUACUCAAGUGGGACUAAAAUAUGUAUGAACCGAGUAUCAAUCCUUCCCUCACAAUAAAUGAAGCGUACAUAAAAAAAAACAAAAAAACUACAGCUUCAAGUUGCUUUAUGAUUUUAAUUGAAAUACAGUAUUUAGUUCCAUCUUAGAACUUGCGAGGUCAUUUUAAGAAACUCUGCUAGAACACUGUUUACCUAAAAUACCUCAAAGGCCGACGUUUGAAAUGGAGACUGUUAAUAAACUAAUUUUGCAACUGAUGCUUCAAAACAUUUCAAAAUCAAAUGUUCUUGAAGGAACAUAAAUAAAUCCUCCUUUGUGGAACUUUUUAAUUUGGUGCAAUCUUAGAGCUCGUGAUACUUAUAUUUAAUUCCCAGGUCCAAAGUUAAAAGAUAUGCAACUCCAAAAACAUAAAAAAAAAAAGCUUAAACGGUCCUAAAAGCUGCUGAAUAGUGAUGAUCUUUGCCAUCAAAGGUAGAACCAGUUAUAGAAAAGUUUAUAUCGCUUUUAUAGGUUUAUAGACAGAGUAUUACCUUUAAUAUGUUUUCCGUUUAGGAGAAAUGCUACAUCAGUUAAUGGAAACCAAACAAACCGGCACCAUUGCCAGGAAUUUAAAAGCUCUCGGUGGCGAGCCCAGUCUGCAUAUGAUUCGCCACAAAAAAGAUUAUUAAAAAAAAGUAAAUUCUGGCAGCAUUCAGGUAGAAUCGUUUGCAAGCCAAAAGGUCUACAAAUGAAGAAAGUUGAACUCCUAUUGUUAACAAAAACACCUUUCUCUGGGAAAUACUUUAUCUAAAUUAAAACCUGAACUCGUGCCUCAGUGCCUGUCUUAACUGAUGAUCUUCAGGGUUUUCCUUUGGAUAGAAGCUUUACAGAACAAGGACACAUUCAGCUGCUCCUUGUGACUCGUUGGACCCUGUGUUUUUCUUGGCUAUGGGUCAGUUUUCCCCUUCGCCCGUUUCUACCUCCAUACCUCCAAACGCUGCCAUGUUAUCCCAAACUCAGGGGUGCUACUAGAAAAAAAAGCACCAUGGCCAUAGCUGACUUCAUUUGGUCAAACACUCCUUUAUGCAUCAUAACAUUAUGAAUAUUAUAGUGGUCCCCUUCAGUCAGCCCCUUUAUAAACUUUUUAGAGCUGUCCCUGCUCAGUUUCUUUCCAUGUUUGCAGCUGCUUACAAACUAUUGUUGAGGCAUGCUAGAUUCAUCAAGUCAUUUCUAUUGCUAAAACAGUACUUUGGUAAAUCAUAAAAAGAUUUAAAUCUCAUUUCUGUUUAUAUUUUUUGUGCAUUUUAUGCUGUAGUUUGCGUUUUUAUAUAUAUUAUAUGCCUAAUGCCCUUGAAUGUGGUUCUGAUUUCUGUUUGGUGUGGUCAAAUAGCAAAUAUAACAUAUUGAUUGUUUAUUGGAGUCAUAAACAAACUUACUUACAGUUGACGUGAAAAGAGUUCAUGACAUUAGCUAAAAUCAUCAGCUAUAAGACGUGUUAUGAAAAAUGUUGUGGUAAACUGCUUCUUUCAUAUCAGGACAGAUGUAAAAAAAAUAUAAUAAAGAAAUGAAACGACCUAAAGUAUGAAACAGCGAAAGGGUGAAAUGACCCUCUUUUUCCUCAGGUGUGGUUUUGUCUGCCCAACUUUUCAUUUAUCUAAAGCUGGUUGUGUUG